AUGCAUCGAUCGUGUUUCAGCCGCGUCGCGUCUGUGAAGUCGCGUCUCCUCGACUUGGCUUUAAGGAAGUAUUGCGCAGUAAUUGAAAUCCUGCACAUCGGAAUAGCAACACCGUCCUUUGUACCGCACUUUGGCAAAAUGAAGACCCGGGGCAGAUCAUCGACGAAAACAACAGCAGUUGAAUCCGAGCCCGCCGAGUCGAUAGCUGCAAAGGUCCAAUUGGGCACAGAAUCCACCAACCCUCCACAUCUCCUCGUGCUGCCCAAGAAUCUUAGUAAAGAUGCUCGUAUAGUCACUCUCGAAAAUCCCAGAUAUUUCAGCCAUGACAGAUACGUUAUUUGCCCCGAAAACGGCUUUUAUGAAUUUACCAAGGUCGCUACGCCAAAGACGACACCCCGAAGUUGGCUGCUGUCUCCGGAAGCUAGAGAGGAUGUAAAGGAGAAAGCGGGCACCGAGAAGGAGAAGGAGAAGGAAAGCGACAAGCUUAAUGGCUAUGUGAUGAACACUGCGAAUUUGAUGGUCGCAACUCAAAUUGAUCCUCUGUUCAUGGCUCUGUCGGCCCUGUCUCCUCUACCAACCGAGAAAGCGUCGGGACCGGCUAAGAAGCUAUUCCUCUCUUGCUACGAUUACAUGGAAAAGAUGGCCAAAGUCUCACCACAUUUCGCAAGUUUCUCUCGAGUGGAAUCAAUUCGAGCCAUUGUGGAAAGAAGAAUGGCUUCCGUUUGUGAUACAGUCGAAGCUGGAGAUGAGAUCAUGUACCGCUUGAGCGAAGAGAAGCUGUUGGGCGAGCUGCUGAAGAAAGCGAAGAGGAUGACGGAAAGGGGGCUGCCUGCAAGUAUGGAAGAGAAGUUUGUACGGAAAGCCCUGGAUGCACCAAUGCUCAGCAUGAAACGGGAUGCUAGCUCGCUGUCUGGGACAGCAGAGGAGGAAGAGGCAGCAACUCCAGGUACACAGACGACAGCAGAUACAGUAGAUACGGCAGAUACAGCAGAUACAGCAACGAAUUCUUUCUCGGAAGCAUCGACGGCAGCGACUUCGAAUUUAGAACACAUGCCAACGAUCGGAGCAGUCGAGAAACAGAAAGAGCUGGCUAUGAUCAACGCCCCAGACGGUGUCGCUGAGCUGCUCCGAAUCCGCACCGCUUUGUUCUUCAUCUGCUCAGCAUAUAUCGCGCCUCAUGUCACGGAACUUCUGAAGAGGGUACUUUCAUCAUCAACAACAUCGACGAUCGAUUUCGCACCUCUGGAUGCGCAUCUUGCCCAUCUGGCGAAGCUACGGCAAGAUGCUCUAGCUUCGAGAUCUUUGGGCGACUUCUCCAGGAAACGCUCUAUGGCCGCUGAAGAUGGCGAGACUCGUGCUGAGAAGAAGAGGAAGCAGGAUGAAGAGGACAAGAAAAAGAAGGCAAAUCAGAGCAGAGGUGUACAGCAACUGAAGAAGGUCAAUACGAGUGGGAUGAAGAAGAUGAGUGACUUUUUCAAGAAAAAGUGA